AAUCGUCGAAUAAAUCGGACGUUCUUAAAACUUUGUUCAUUAUCAAAGUUUCUUUAAAUUAAAAGUGAAUUUGUGUUUGAAAGAUUUUCUUUUAUAUUUUGGUGUGUAAAGUGUUUGAAAAUCAACGACAUUCAUCAUGAUCGUCAAGAUCAUUACAUUUGUGCUCAUAGAAACGGUUCUGUGCUCACCAGUUUAUUGGCAAUUUGUACCAUAUAAUACAGUCGAUCUUGAAGCAAGUCCAUCCGAAACCGUCAGUGGCCGUUCCAUCCGAAAUGUGUGGUUAAAUGAUGAAAAUCGAGGUGCUGAACCAAUGGUUGGCGAAGAAUGGAAUCGAGGAAGUAGUGUAGACGAUAGCCCUCCGCCACCGGUGAUGAUGCUUGGCCAGCAAAAUCCAAUGAUGCCACCACCAAUGGAACAGCAAAACCAAAUGCCACAGUUAGAUGACCAGAAUCAAGAUCGAAUUGAAGAGCAACAAGUUGGUCAAGAAUGGAAGCAUAGCCACUCACAUUUUGAACAAGAUGGUGAUCGUUUACAGCAACAAAAUCCGAUGAUGCCACCGCCAAUGGAACAGCAAAACCAAAUGCCACAAUUUGAAAACCAAGAUCAAGAUCAAAUUGAAGAGCAACAAGUUGGACAAGAAUGGAAACAUACUCACUCUCAUUUUGAACAAGAAGAUGACCGUGUAGAGCAGCAAAAUCCAAUGAUGCCACCGCCAAUGGAACAGCAAAAUCAAAUGCCACAAUUAGAUGACCAGAAUCAAGAUCAAAUUGAAGAGCAACAAGUUGGUCAAGAAUGGAAGCAUCACCCCGCUCAUUUAAACCAUGCCCGUCUGUUGUCAAGAGAAAAGAGACAAUUCGGACAACCGAACAGUCCAUUACCAACGGUUGAAAGUCAAAGCACUGAUGAAGAUCAACCAUUAGAAGAUGAUCAACUCGGCCAGCAACCACCAAUUCAAAUGCCACCUAUGGAGCCAUCUCAAAUUGACGAGCAACAACUAGGUCAGCAACAAUCGAUCCCAAUGCCUCCUCCGCCUAUGGAACAACCACAAAUUGACGAGCAACAACUAGGUCAGCAACAAUCAAUCCCAAUGCCACCUCCUAUGCCUAUGGAGCAACCACAAUUUCAACAACUUCCAACUCAACCAAUCUCACCAAUGUCACCUAUGGAACAACCUCAAAUGGAACAAGAGCGCCCACAAUCACCACCUGUCCCAGAAGAACCGCAAAGAGCAAAGAGACAAUCACAAAACUCAAUUCCAGUGCCACAAUUAGAUGAUGACCAAAGUCAAGAUGAAAUUGAAGAGCAACAAGUUGGCCAAGAAUGGAAACACAAACCAAAACAAUUGGAACAAGAGAAUAGUGAUCGCCUUCAGCAACAAAAUCCAAUGAUGCCACCGCCAAUGGAACAGCAAAAUCAAAUGCCACAGUUAGAUGAUCAAAAUCAAGACCAAAUUGAAGAGCAACAAGUUGGCCAAGAAUGGAAACACAAACCAAAACAAUUGGAAGAAGAGGAUAGUGAUCGCCUUCAGCAACAAAAUCCAAUGAUGCCACCGCCAAUGGACCAACAAAAUCAAAUGCCACAGUUAGAUGAUCAAAAUCAAGAUCAAAUUGAAGAGCAACAAGUUGGUCAAGAUUGGAAACACAAAUCAAAACAUUUGGAAGAAGAGGAUAGUGAUCGCCUUCAGCAACAAAAUCCAAUGAUGCCACCACCAAUGGACCAACAAAAUCAAAUGCCACAAUUGGAUGAACAGAAUCAAGAUCAAAUUGAAGAGCAACAAGUUGGCCAAGAAUGGAAACACAAACCAAAACAUUUGGAAGAAGAGGAUAGUGAUCGCCUUCAGCAACAAAAUCCAAUGAUGCCACCACCAAUGGACCAACAAAAUCAAAUGCCACAAUUAGAUGAACAGAAUCAAGAUCAAAUUGAAGAGCAGCAAGUGGGUCAAUCAUGGAAACACCAUCAAUUGCACUUGCAGAAUUUGCUAGAACAAAAGUUAGGCCAAGAGUGGAAAAAUCAUCCUUCCCAUUUGCACAACGCGAAAAAUAGUUUCGAUCAAGAUCUAGAUGAACAGUUAGGCCAAGAGUGGAAAAAUCAUCAUUCACAUUUGCACAACGCGGAUCAACAAUUUGAAGAAGAUGAAGAUGAACUCGAUGACGAGCAAAUGGUUGGAGCACCCUGGGGACUCGAUGCCAUUUCAGCUGGAAUAAAUCAACUCUUUCAUCCAUCUAACUUAUUUGGGGCAGAAGGAGAAUCACAAAUGAGAAGUGCAGAUCCAUAUGGCUACGAUGCACCACCAAAAUAUCAGCCCAAUUACGAUGCACCAAGCCACGCAGGUGGAUCAUAUGAAGAUGCAUCAAAUGGAGGUUGUGAUGCUAAAGCAAAGCACCUUUUGUCACUGUUCAAAUUGAAGCCAUUCAAAUUUCCAAAAUUAGAUUUCAAACUACCAUCGCACCAUCUGGACUUGGGUGGUUCAUCAUCAUAUGGUGCCGACUCUUAUGCUUCCCAUGGUGCCAGCUCUUACAGUAGCGGGCCAAUUGCUCACUAUGGCGGAGCUCCCAGUGGGGAUUAUCGCUCAGCCACAGCCACCGAAGACGAACCAAAUCAUGAAGCACGUCAACAAUUUCAAAUGCAACCACCACCACAAUCAAUGCAAUUUGGCCUUCAACCGCAAUUAAAUCAAUUCGGUGCUCAGCAACCACAAAUGCAACCACCGCCAUCAAUGCAAUUUGGCGUUCAACCGCAAUUAAAUCAAUUCAGUGCUCAGCAACAACAAAUGCAAUUAUUCACACAAGGACCACCAAGUCAACCAAUGAACUUUCAACCACAGCCAAAUUCAAUGAAUCUACAACUGAUGCAACAAGGUCCAAUGGGUGCACCACCAGUGCCGGCGACGCCUUUCUAGAAUCUAGGUGUAAAACAUCAACAAAUGCAUGAAAAUGCCGCUCAACAUCCUGAAGAUUCGUCACGUUUAAGUAAUCCCAUAAUAAAUCAUCCAUCAACACCAAAUUCACCAGAAACUUCAUCCACAUUACCCAUAUCAAACGACUCAGAAAUGGUUGGAUUAUCUCCUGUAGACGCUAUAAACGAAGGACUCGAUAAUAUUCUGCUAAAGUUUCUAUCACCGUACCUGGGAAAUGAAAAAUUAGUCGAUUUUUCGGAUCCGCAACAGUACUACUAUUUACCACCACAGUCCAAUAAUCCAGUACCACCACAAACAUAUCCUAGAGCCGGGAAUUGAUACACACAUCUCAUUCAUAGAACUCAAUUCAAUCGAGCCAUUUAAUUACAUUAAACAUUCGUCAUUUUAAAUCAUUCUCAUUUGCUAAAUUUGAAUUUGUUAGCCUAUUGACACAUCGUUUUAUGAAUAAAAUCAGCCGAAUUUAUGGAAUU